AUGCAGGGUGGAGGGGCCAUUGAGACUGCGUGUAGGGAUCGAUACCUGUUGGUAACAACCCAACUCUCAUUCGCUGGGAACGAACCUCGCUUUGAAGCGGUUGAUGCUGAUGGUGUUCACCCCAUCACUAAGCAGUAUGGGUCAGAGUGUGGCUACAUGUUCAGUAUCCUCCCUCUGCCUGGCCAUGCUGAACUCAGAGCCUCCUACUUCUCCUGCCACACUGACAACCAGGACGAUGAGGUGUUCACUUUUCGCUUUAACCUCAUCACAAUUGAUGCGACUGGAGUGGAAACCACCUACUCUGUGAAUGCAACCUGCUCCCUCCCUCUACCCUGGUCCCCCAGAGAAGUCAGCUGUGAGGAGAACUAUAUGGAGGUGUCGGUGAGGGGUGAAGUGUCUGGUCUACCUGGUACAGAAGCAGAUGCCUGGACUGCUGCCCUUGCUCAAGCCCACAGCUCUGCCAUGUCGACCUGGCAGGUGAUGUUCCAGCAGGAGGGGCAGCAGCUGACUCUCAUGUCCCCUUCAGAGGCUCGGGAGCUGGGCUACGUGUUCUACCUCACCCAGGGGAGGCUAGUGUUCCGUUCACCCUACACGCCAGGUUCUGUCAUGGGGUCUGUCACCAUGGUGAAUGGUACGUUGGUUGAGGUGGUCUAUCUGAUACUAGUCUCCAGGCAGAGAUGGAUGGUCAUCAUGGUGAACUUGGUGGUUGCUUGCAGCACUGAUGAAGGAAUGUAUGAUGGGGCGGGGCUGGUCUGGCAGACCCCCACUCUGCUGUCCCCGCUGUUCUCUGGCCUCUCUGGGUUGGAGAGCAGCAAGAUCUCAAUGGGGGUGGAUGGGCAGCUCCUGGAUGAGCCCAUCACAGCAGAGCGAGGCUACAGCCUGGACAUCAGUGACACCACUGUCCAGAUCAGCAUCCCCUUCAACGCUGCCGGAGGAUACAGAAAAAGCUUGGUGAUGGACAACAUGUACCAUGAGUUCUAUGUGGUCCGUCUCUACUAUGAACAAAUCUUCAUGGAUGACAGUGGUGUGGAGACCAGACUCCGCCUCCACAGGCCCAUGAACACACCCCUUCUGAUCCAGCACCUCUCCAUCAUUAACCAAACAGUCCUUGAGGAUCGUGUGUUUACUGUUUACCUGGGGAACAUCCACUACGAUGUUGACCUGGUGGCGGUGAAGCUCAAUGGUCACAACUUCACCAUACUAGAGGCGAAUAAAAGUGGCCUUGUCAUAACCAUGGUCCCUCAGCCCAAUAGUAACCUUCAUGCCUACAUUCUCAGGGUGCCAUUUGAUGCUGCUGUUCACAAGCUGUACCCUACAGAGGGGCUUCUCGAAUACUCGUUGGACAUCAACUACACAUUGGUCAUCCUGCCUCAGGCGGAGCCGUACUUCUACCUGGCCUCAGUCGUGGCUCAGUUCAAUGAUGUCUUCCCUCCAGUCUUCAAAGGCGUCUGCAACGAGAAAAGCAUCCGUUUCCAGAUGGACCAUAAGCCAUUUGACUACCUGUGGGAGGUGGGUGUUGGCCCUUACAUUCUGACCACAAAUCUGGCAGCCAAGCGGGGCUACAUCAUGCAGAAUGACAGCAAGAGUCUGACCCUGGAAGUGCCCCUCUUCUCUGUUGGCUACACUUAUAAGGACAUCAAUUUGAAGCAGUUCCGUGGCACCUUUGAAAUUCUCUCAAGAGCUCCGAAGACCUUGGCGGUCAAGAGUUCCUUGGCCAAAGCGUGUCUAUUCCAGACUACUGAGGUCAUAGUGUGUUCCACUGAAGGUGUGAUGACAGUAGUGUCUGUGAUUUUGGCCAUCCCUGGAUCUGAACCCAUCAGAUCCUCCCUCCUGGACUCUACCUGCAGGCCUCAAGAGAUGGAUGACACCAGGGUUCUCUUUAGCUUUAGACUUGACACCUGUGGAACCAGGGUCCAGUUUGAUUACCAGCACCUUACCUAUGAAAAUGAGAUCACCGUUGAGCAUACAAGUCAAUCAGUGGAAGCACCAGUCUCAACCAGGGUGACUGUGCGGUGUGUCUAUCCACUGAGUGGCCUUUACAAGCUGUUUGCGCAUCGGCGGUUUGAAGCAGACUCGCCAGGAUUUGGCACCAUCUUGACUAGAGUCCCUGUAAAGUACUAUGGACAGGAACACAACACCAAUUAA